AUUUCUGCUGAGAGGUUAUUGCACCCGCACACGCAUCCGCGCCAACCAUCUCCUUGCUUGUCAGCAGCUCUUAUGUCUCUGGCGCAUGGCAUUCCGACUGCUGCGCCUAGGCGCGCAGGCGUCAUGACACCGGCAGCUCUGUCUAUCAUCAAGCUCCUUGGUGUGUCGCUCAUCAACCUCCCUCUGUCGUAUGCCGCUCCGCUGUUCUCAAAACCAGACUCUCCCGUCUACAGGCGCGAGGAGCCCGAGCCCAAAUCGCCAGAUGACCCGCAGCUCUGGGUCUAUCUGGGUGUCGCCAUUGCUCUCGUCCUGCUCGGUGGAGUCUUUGCCGGUCUGACCAUUGCCCUCAUGGGCCAAGAUGAGAUCUACCUGCAAGUCAUCGCUACCUCGGGUGAGGGAAGCGAGAAGAAGAGUGCAGCUAGAGUCUUGCGUCUGUUGAAGAGAGGCAAGCACUGGGUUCUGGUCACACUCCUGCUCAGCAAUGUCAUCACCAAUGAGACUCUUCCCAUCGUGCUAGAUCGCUCAUUAGGUGGUGGCUGGCCUGCUGUGCUGAGCAGUACCAUCCUCAUUGUAAUCUUCGGUGAGGUCGUUCCUCAGUCUAUCUGCGUUCGUUUCGGCCUUCCUAUUGGUGCGGCCAUGUCCCCUCUCGUCCUAGGUCUCAUGUGGAUCAUGUCGCCUGUGGCCUGGCCCACAGCCAAACUUCUGGACUGGCUGCUCGGCGAGGACCACGGUACUGUCUACAAGAAGGCAGGUCUCAAGACGCUUGUCACCCUUCACAAGACGCUCGGUACAACCACAGACCGUCUCAACGAAGACGAAGUCACCAUCAUCAGCGCCGUCCUCGAUCUCAAGGACAAGCCCGUCGGCGACAUCAUGACUCCCAUGGGUGACGUCUUUACUAUGUCGGCUGACACGGUUCUGGACGAAAAGAUGAUGGACACGAUCCUGUCCCAAGGCUACUCUAGAAUUCCCAUUUAUGCCCCCGACAACACUCGUAAUUUCAUCGGCAUGCUGCUUGUCAAGAUUCUCAUCACCUACGAUCCCGAGGACAGCUUACGUGUCCGCGACUUUGCUCUUGCAACACUGCCCGAGACCAAACCAGAGACCAGCUGUUUGGACAUUGUCAACUUCUUCCAGGAGGGCAAAUCACACAUGGUCCUUGUAUCAGACUUCCCCGGUCAAGACAAGGGUGCUCUUGGAGUUGUCACCUUGGAGGACGUCAUUGAAGAACUUAUUGGAGAGGAGAUUAUCGAUGAGUCUGAUGUGUUUGUCGAUGUGCACAAGGCGAUAAGACGCAUCGCACCGGCACCACGCACUAGAUACACCAAGGGCAAUCUCGUCGUGGAUGCCCCUGCCACCGAUGAUGAGACUGACGCUGACGAGCGUACCCAUCUGCUUGGUGCCUCCGCUGGUCAGAGCCGUAAGUCUUCGUUGACAGGUCCUCGCGAGGCUACUCUUGUGCUGCGUAGACGCAGCAGCACGAGCAGCGACAAAAACCGACCAUUGCCCAUCCGAUCAAACACUGCCGACCUACGCCAGCACUUGAAACACCUCGGUCCAAGCAACGUCGCAAGUCGCCCCAAAGCCACCAAGUACACUUCUGUAAAGAUCAAGCCCGGUGUUGGAACCAUUCCUGAGAACCACGUACCCGCUUCUGCCUCUACUUCAACUCAACAAGCCGAUUCUCACCAAGCAGUAACUCCUCAGACGGUCGUUAACGGCGAUUCGUCUCGCCCCGAAGGCGGCGUAGGCGCCGGUAUCAUCGGCUCGGCUGGCGUUGACGCCCAAGACGGAGCACAUGCUGUCGCUCACGGUUAUGGCACGGUCUCUCCUGGCUCCAAGAACCCAUCCAUCCAUGAAGACUCUGGCAUGCAUGCCGAAACUAGCUCAAUAUCUUCCAAGCCUAUGACCGCCAGUGAAGCAUCUGCAUUCGCUGACAAACACACGGUAGCUCAGCUUCAGUCCAGCAUCAAUAAUGCCCAUGAAAAAGAGCAGCAAGACGACCAGCAAAGCAGUCAGCAGAACGGUAACCACGAUUCGCCCGAGCAAGAGCAGCCUGAGUUGCCCCAGAAGCUGGUUGUGCAAGGAGGCACAUCCCGCCCUGUUUCUCAAGACAGAAGAGGGUCGGGAUCGUCUCAUUCUACUCUAGGAGAAAUGGAAGAUCGACCGGAAUACAAGGCUCGUCGUGCUGUACGAUCUGGAAGCAUCACCGAAAACAUUGUCGAUGUAGGCGGUAUGAAGAAGGUGGUUCUAGAGGCCAACAGCUCAUCCGAUGGAGACGACCAGAGAGCUGCCGAGAACAACAACAACAACGGUGGUAACAACAAAAGUGGCCAUGAUGAUGAUCAUGAUGAUGCUGGCAACGAUGACGGAGGUCACGACGAUACGAAAGGCUCCAAAAAGAAGAAGAAGAAGAAGCGAGGAGGAAAGAAAUUCCGCAACAAGGGUGACUCUGUCAAAAGCCGUAGCGGCGACAGCACCCCUCUGCUGAACCAAGGCGAUCGUUAAAAGUUGACGAAAGAAGAGGUUGUUCCUUCAUCAUGUAUGAUUCCUUGUUUCUUUUCCACUGGUUCUUCAAGCAUAGCGGCGUCCAAAUCUCUUUGUUUACAGAUGUACACAUACCUGGUAGUAUCGAGAGUUAAUAGGAGAUUCGUUGAACACACAAAUGUAGCUAUACAAAUUUGACGAAGGUUGCGUAGUUAACGAUCAA